AUAAAUGUGUUUUUUAGGCUUACUUUGACCUUCUAGGAUGUUCUCUAAGGUUAAUGGAAAUCUUCGCAUUGGAAUAUAAUACUUUUAUUUAGAUCAUAGUCCAAAUAUUUAAUCGUAAAAAUAACGAUACAUUCAAGUAUACUUUGUACUUCAAGUCAUUACCGAGAUACAUUCGUGGCAGCACUUACUUAUUUCAAAUAAAACAUUUAGGAGAACGUUCUCAAAACGUUGAGAAAACGAUUGCUCUCGAACUUCGCAGAUGGCCCUCCGGUGCUAUAUAAACCGGGACGACGUCAACACCCGUCAGUUGAGAAAUUGCAAAGCAACAGUGAACUUCAAAACUUUAAAAAGUUAUUUUAAACGUAUCUAAGUGUACAACACUAAAUGCGAUCAAGGAUGUCUAUCGUACCAAAAUUGUUCUCUCAUUGGUGGGAAACCUUGGAUCGUCCACAUCGUUUGAUGGAUCAACAUUUUGGCAUGACGUUGAAUCCUGAUCGAGUAUUCAGAGAAGUCGAUCGUGCCUUCAGAGAUUUUGAUCGUCAUUUUCCAUCAGUCUACUACAGACCAUGGGCAGAUCUCAUGAGAGAAAAUGACAAUAGAGGAUGUUCAGUUGUCAAAGCAGACAAGGAUAAAUUCCAAGUCACCUUGGACGUCCAGCAGUUCAAGCCUGAAGAAGUCAACGUUAAGAUCGUGGACAACUGUGUCGUUGUUGAAGGCAAACACGAAGAGAAACAGGACGAUCAUGGUAUGAUCUCCAGACAGUUUGUCAGGAAAUACAUGAUUCCAGAACAGUGUGACAUUGAGAAAACCACCAGUACGUUGUCAUCAGAUGGAGUACUUACCAUCACAGCUCCUAGAAAACCAGAAGCUCUGGAAUCAAAGAAAGAAAAACCUAUCAAGAUUGAACAUACUGGAAAACCUGCUGUGGAAAAUCGAGAAGAACCAAAGAGGAUUGCCCAGGCACAGUAAAGUCAUUUCAUUUCAUUUUUGUAAUUUAAAUUAUUCAUAUUGUUUAAAAUGAAACUGUUCAUUUUUGUAUUUUUUUCAUAAGUUUAUAUUAAAUUUUUAAUAGCUUUAAAGUUCUCGUAUGUACAACGUAUUCGUACUAUUACUCAGACUGUGUUAUGUAAAGUUGUUUGAUGUGUAAAUUAUGAUGGCGUAAAUAAAUAAUAAAAAAUUUUCCCAUAUAAAAAUAA